AUGGCAGAUAAGAGCGAAGAAGAAUUCUGCAUUGGGCAUCCGACAGCUCGAAAUGAAAGGAAUCCUUCAUCGUCUGGUUUGGGGGAAGCCUCAAUAUCCUCGGACAAGAAUAGAGGUUCACCUGAGGGAGAUGACGCUUUUCGGAAUCUCAGUAUUAUAUCAUUUAGAUAUGACACACUGUCUGUUCGUAGAAAUCUAACUCACAGCAUUGCUAAUGUAGACGACGAUGUUCUGACGUUCGAUACAUAUGACAUUUUUAAACCACUAUCGAAUGUAACCAGUGAAGAAAGCAGCUUGGUUCACAAAAUCUAACAAAAACAGAGAAACGCUGACUUUAACUGUGUCAUCAGGAUUGCCAAGUAUUGUUCCUCUCGUUGUGAUUAUCUAGUUAAAGGUAAACAUUCGAGGGAAUGGACGCCAUUCAGAUGUGAACUCAGUGAGUUCUGCAGGUUUGAGACUCGUUUUAUAGGUAACCUCACCAAGGAGGUUAUGAAGACCAUCGAUGUUGUUUUCUUUAUACCCGGAUAUCGGGAUGUUCGUCUGAAGCAAGUGAUGGCUGCAAGACCACCAGGACAACUCUAGGUCCUCUGCGCCAAAGAGAGUCCUCAGCAUGACCCAGAUUAUGCUCCUCGAGGUCUAACAGGAAACCCUUUCAAUCUCACCAUGACGUAUGUCAGGGACAGUGACAUUUACUUCCCAUACGCCACCGUGCGGAAGCUUGGGAAGCCAAAUGAACAUCCGCCAGAUAUUCCAAAGAAAACCAAGCUGAUAGCUUGGAUGGCAUCCAACUGCAAUCCAUAUUAUUGGAAACGAACUGAACUAGUGAAAGCGAUUCAAGGGAAUAUCUCAGUGGAUAUGUACGGCAAGUGCGGUACGGGAAGACUUGCCCAUGAUAAAACCAUGGAGACCCUCAAGCAAUAUAAAUUCUAUAUCGCGUUUGAAAAUAGCGAAUGCCGGGAUUACAUCACGGAGAAGGUGUGGAAAAAUUGCCUUUUACAGGGAAUCGUACCCAUCGUCUACGGAUCAACGCGCGAAGGCUACGAGAAGUCACUCCCAAGGAAUUCCUUCAUCUCCGUAGAGGAUUUCAGUAACAUGAGCGAAUUUGUAGAUUACAUUCACGCACUGGAUAAAGACGACGCGCGUUACAUGAAAUAUUUCGACUGGAGGAGGGACGGCGCAGUGCAGUUUCACUCUCCAUCUGCGUUCAGAGGUAGCAGACCGGAACUGAAUUUCUGUUACCUCGUCAAAAAACUACUCCACGUCUUCGUACAUCCAGAGAACACUUGGCAGAAAAGAAAUCCAGAUUUUGCAUCUUGGUGGCGAGGGCAAUGUGCCGAUUAUUCUAUUAAGAAAAUCGUUCUGGGAUUCAAUACCCAUCGGUCAAGAGAAGAAAGGCAAUCAUCAAUGCAUCUAAGAGACGUGGUGACAUAGAAAUGUAGUUGGUGUAAUUAAUUGAUAUGAAAAGCCAUCGAGAUGUUAUCAUGCUAAAAAGAUCUGGUUAGAGUUCUACCUUGAAUAUAUA